GUAGACUCUCGUAGACCACUACUAUAGCCCUAGUAAUGGCAAAGUUUGUGUGUCGAACUCACACUUGAACCUUCUAUCGUAUGUUUACGCGGCGGUUGGGGUAACUGACUUGUAAUUCUACCUGAUCGCAACGCGAUAAGAAGUGUGACCUGCUAGCUCGGUUGCUGUGGUAAUAGUAGCCGUUUGCUUCUGUUCUGAAAGAGCUGUUGGUUCAGGUCUUCGAUGAGAUCGAUUGGAGUAAAUUUCACCUCCCAGCAGGAUAAUUAUAACUGCGUGUGCAUAAUGCGAUUGUCUUGUAGUUGGUAGAUGGCGUCUUCUGUUUUGGUGCGUGAUGACUUCAUGAGACCCAGGGAAGCCUGGACGACUGCAGACACAACACGCCGUUGCGCUCGUGUAUUAGUUGACGCUGCUGGUACGUGUAGGAAUGACGAGCCUCAAUCAAAUGUUAUCUGGUCUCCAACAAGGAGAGGGUGUCCUGAGGAUGUGUUAUUAGAGAGGAGGAAGUGUCCUGUUGACUAUACAACAGAAUUGCAGAGAAGUCAGAGUCUUGAAGUUAUGCUUGAUGGGAGCAGUGAUGCAAGAUCGAAUGGCAAAGAUAAAUGUUUGAGCAAAGAUAAGGGUUUGGAUAUGAAGUUGAAGAUGAAGUUUUGUGGUCUCGAUGCUGUGCAGAAAGCUGCUUCUACUGAAUGUCUAGUCACUGCAAAAACUGGUGGAAACAAUGGAGUGGAUGCUUUUGUUGAUCAGACAAAGCUGGCAAAGGAGGUUGAAACAGUUGAGAUGCAUGCUCAGUCAUCUGAAAGUCAGUUGUCCUCCGACUUAUCUCAAUUAAAGAGGAAAUUACCUGACCCUGAUUCUGUUUCUGGGAAGUCUACUACGACAUCACCUCUGGCUAGUUUUUACCCACAGAAGACUACUUGCAUUCAGCCUACAGCAGAAGAAAAUGAGCAAGUUUGUGGUAAUCAGAUGACUGAUCAAACAGUCAGUGAAAUGGGGUCAAGAAGCCAGACAGGAAACUUUUCAACUACCCCUCAAGGCUCUACAAAUGUAAAGAAAACAAUAAAGAAGAUUAAAACUGUUAAAGUUGUAAAGAGAAUCAGAGUACCAAAGUCGAGGCUUUAUUCUAAUGACCCUGGCAUGAACGAGAAGAAAACAGGCAACACAAAGGCAGUUACUGAGAACAUGCACAGCAAGCAUGUUAUUUCUAAAAUGGGAAGCCAGACUGGCAUUCCUAUAAAAACAUCAAAUUCAUCUUGUCGGGAUUCGGGAAAGAAAGAUGAAACUGUAGGUGACCAAAGCACAGAGGUGGUAGCAAGGCAGAGGCAGAGGCAGAUUAUUGGCCUUGAUCGACGAGGGAGUAGAACUGGAAUUACUGGGAAAGAUUUAGGACACUCUGAUGCAGCUGCUAAGGGAACAUCGUCAGCAUCUUCUCAAAGCACUAGAAAACAAUGUGAAAAGGUAGAGAACAGUAAGACAUUGACAGAAAGUAAGAAGACGAAGAAUGUUGUUAGUAGAAGAAGUCAGGUUGGCAGUGGUGAGAAGGAAUCAGAACAAGCUGAUCAUGGCACGAUAUUAUCUCUUCAUUCUAAAAUUGCUCAAAAGAAAUAUCAGAAUGCAGCAAUUGAUGUUGGUCAGGGUAAGUCUAUACCUACCAGCAAGGGAACUAAUUGGAGGAAACAGUGCCAGGUUGAGAAUGUAGUGGAGCGCACUGGUAGUGCUUUCAAGAUAGAUUCUGCUCAGAACUGUAAGAAAUCUUUGGCUGGGAGUAGCAAUGAUGGACUUCACGGUAAAGUAAAGAGGGAAGUAAAGAAGACUAGUUCUAUUCAUGCUGUACCUACAGUUUCACCUCAUUCAGAGGCAAUAGUGGCCAUUGAGAAUGCAUGUAAGGUUAGUUGUGAGAACUGUUCCAGUGUCCCUCAUCUAAAAUCAGUUACUAAGACAAAAUAUGUGAAGAACCCUUCUGGUGUCUUGCGUUCUGUCAGAUCAGCAACAUCUAGUGCUGAUGUUUCUAAAUCUUCCAGUUCUCAUGAACAACAGUUAACAGAGUUAGUGCCAACAUUGAAGGUGGCAAGUGGCAAAGAGUAUGAGAGCAAGCUGCCAAGCAGCAGCAUGACGACGAAGUCAAGGUUGUUGGUAAAUAAAGCUUUGGUAGAUGCCGGUAAGAGAAGUGGAAACCAACAGAGUAAAGAAUUAGCAAAGUCUUUCAAUUCUACUCAUGUGGAUACAGCUAGCAGAGUAGUAAAGUCAACUGCUAUUAAACAGUCUUCUCUUGUGACAACAAAACCCAAACAAGUUCUUAUGCAUACAUCAAGUACUAGUAGAGGUAAACAUCCCUUACAGAAACGCCACACAGUGGGUUCACUUGAAAAGAGUAGUGAUCACGCUGCUGGCGGAGUGGCGAGGAAAAGUAGCUGUCCCGCUUCUCCAAUGAGACGUCUUCUUAGAACGAGGCAGAGCUGUGACAGUUUGUCAUCUCAAAAACUAGUGGGUGGCACACCUGGUGGUUAUAGUAAAUCAGUUGCUAGCAGCCUGAAGGGAGCAGUUGCACGAGUGGAUAGCGGCCUCAGGGUGAAGCCAAAAGUUCCACAAUCUAUUCCUUCAUUAAGUUUGUCAUCUAUGUCAAAUAAGAAGAAAUCAAAUGUAGACGGUGACAUCAGUCUCACUGUAUCCGCAGUACAUUUUGAUGGAGUAAACGUGGAAGAGACUUCUAAAUCAGCUUUUACUUCAGACUUUGAAGCCAAAUCAAAAUCUCCUGGGAGUGUUAGAGCUAUAGAGCAAAGAAAAUCUGAAGUUCCUGAAGAGUCAUCACCAAUGGAGCUUACUGAUACUGAUCUACAACAUGUUAGAGAUUCUGUUGAAUCUCCCAAACUACAUUCAUUUGGUCGACAUCGUACUAUUGUAAAGCCACAGCAUCGUCGCAGACCAUCUAUUAAUCCUGUAAAGCAGCUGCAAUCUCGGAGUGAUGUUGUGUCAGAACUGAAAGGCACUAAUUUGAAUGAGAUAGAUGACAAGACUAAAUCAGUCACAGUAACUAAAAAUACAGCAGAUAACCAAAAAACCAUACUUCAUGAAUCUGCAAAAGCUGGAUUAGCCAGCACAGAAAAUUUCAAGUCAGUUGUGUUGCGUAAAACAAGAAAGGCUCCUGAUGGUACUGCUAUGGCAGAGGAUGAUGAAAAUUAUGUAAUGAGUCGACCAUCUCUUGUGGUGGCACAGAUCAAAGGACGGCGUCGUAUUCAGGUGCAUUUGGUAGAACCAUCAGUCAAGUCUCUCAACUCUGGAGAUGUUUUUGUCAUAUUUACAAGCACAGAUUUGUAUCAGUGGGUUGGGUCAGAAGCUAAUGCAUUUGAAAAAGCUAAGGGAACAGAUUUGGCUACACGCAUUAUGCAGAAGAAAGACAUGGGUUGUAAGGCAAGGCAUGUCAGUCUUGUUGAACAAAGGGUUGGUUUUAGUGGAACAAGGCUUAAAGACAUGUUGAAGCUUCUUGGCAGUGACAGUGGUGUUAGACUGAAGAGCACCAGUGAAGUCACCAGUGAUGAAGAUCAUGAAAAGAAAUGCAUUAGGAAUGUGAUGAUCUACUCGGUGAAGGUUGAUCAUGAGGAAUUGAUACCUCUGAGGGAGAUGUGUGGCAAGCAACCAAAGUUUGCUAUGCUCAAUACAAAUGAGGUUUUUGUGUUUGACUUCUACACAGAAUUAUAUGUGUGGAUUGGGCUAGUUUCGUUGGGUAGUUUGCGUCGGCAAGGUGUAACUCUUGCCAAGAAGUUGUUUGAUGGUGGCUAUGUGUCAUCACAAUCUGAAGAUUCUGGUGGUCCGUCAUCUUACACAUUUAGCAGGAGGCGAUCUAGUAAACCAGAUCUGGUGCAGAAGUCAAAAAGUGGUUGUAAGAGAAGGCCAAAUUGGGCUUUGUUUUCUAAGCUUGCAGAAGGUGCCGAGACCUUUUUGUUCAAAGAGAAAUUUGCAGAUUGGCCUGAGCCAGGUCGUAUUAUCAAAAUGAAGGGACACGUCAGUUCAGGAGAAGUCAUUGAAGCCCCUCCACCUGUGGAACUCAUUCCAUGUGACGUAGAAGUGAUGAGGAAACGUCCUCUUCCUCCAGAAGAUUGUAUUCUUGAGGGAGACAACUUGGGACGUGGACAAGGAGUUUCUUCUACGUCUGAUAAACAUGGCAUUUCAGUGAUUACUACAUCACUGAAGGUUUAUCACAUUAAGGAAUAUGAUUAUUUCGAGUUGGAUGCUGAUGAAGUGGGUUUGUUCUAUAGUGCAGAAGGUUAUGUAGUAUGUUGGAAGUAUCGUGUUUACAAAGAACCACCUAAGCGAAUGGUUGGUCGCAGUCGACGUCACCAAACUAUUCAUGAAUUUGGUGGUCGGGAACGUUGCUGCUACUUUUUCUGGCAAGGAGAUGAGUGUACUGUGACUGAAAAGGGAGCAGCUGCUAUUAUAACAGUGGAAUUGGAUGAAGAAAAGAGUCCUCAGGUGAGAGUUCCACAAGGAAAAGAACCACCUGUAUUUCUUCAACUGUUUGGUGGUGGACUUGUGGUUCUUGCUGGCAAGAGAGCUGAAAUUAAUAACAAGUCAUGUGGAACUUUACUAAAUAGACUGUUUUACAUGCGAGGAGAAUCAGCACAGGAGGCUCUUUUGGAAGAGAUUACCACGAGAAGUGCUCGUUCUCUGAGAUCACAAGGUUGUUUUGUUGUAUUGUCUGCUCAUGCUCAGUGUGUCUUUGUAUGGAAAGGAUGUAGAUCAUCUGAUGCAACACAUGGUGUUGCUAUGUCUGCUGCUCAGAAACUAAAGAGGCUGAAAUGUGUUGGUGUGAGUGAAAACUUUGAGCUGGUCAAAGUCAAUGAAGGGGAAGAAAGAAUGCGAUUUUGGAGAUCAAUAGGUGGAAAAUAUGACUACUAUAGUCUUCUUGAUGAACCUGUGUUUGAAGCUGGUUCUAUGAGAUUAUUUCAACUGAGCAGUGCAACUGGGAAGUUUACUGCACAGGAAGUGCUAUGCCCUUCACGAGCAUCCGAUGGAAGUUGUACUUUCCCUUUUCUUCAGUCUGACAUCUAUUCUGUACAACAGCCAGCUGUUUUCUUGCUGGAAGCUUGUGGUGUGGUGUAUCUAUGGUUUGGUUGGUGGCCAACUGAAUCUGAAGAUGGAAUGACAGCUAAAGUUACUGGAACUGCCCUCUCAAGGUGGCUACAGGACAAGAUGUUGGCAUUGAAAACAGCAGAGUCGUAUGCUCGAGCCAUCAGCAGGCGAUGUCGUGCAUUCGUUGUAGUGGCGGGUUUUGAACCAAAUCAAUUUACAAACAUUUUCCCAAAAUGGCAGCUUUGUAGUGAGAUUAGAAAGUGUGCUGCUCAUACAUUUAAUCAUUGUUGUGAACUGUUGAAAGUAGAAGAUGAGUUGAUGAAAUUCCACAAGAAAUACAGUAUUCAUGAACUUCGUUCUGAACCGCUUCCUGAUAAUGUUGAUCCUAUUCGGCUUGAAACAUAUUUGACUGCUGCUGAUUUUGAGUAUUCAAAAUUACACGUGAUCAAUUUUCCAAACUUCCCAAAUGGAAACAGACUGAUGCCAAGAAAAUGGUUGGCCUAUUUUGAGUUUGGUUAUGUUAGUUGAUUUCUAGUCGUAUAUAGUAAACAGUAUUUUCUAAUUUUGGUGACUAAUUGGAAGUGUGAAGUCUAUCAGCUACUAGAGACUUGUAAUUAUGUGAUUGGAAACUAACGUUAUUUAUUGUUGUGUACUGUAGCUAGCUUGUCAGCAUAACGGAAAUGUAGUAACAUGACGUUUUCAGUUAAG